AUGCCAACACAUAUCCACAUGUGAAAUGAUAUUCAACAUAUAAUUCUAUAUUUUUAUUUAGCAAAGUCUAUAAAUCGUGCAUGUAAAACAAUUAAUCAUAAAAUCAAACAAACGAUUUUCUUGGAUUAUUUAAUCACCUCUUUCCUCUGCAAUCACUAUCAAUUCUUCCCCAGAUUUCUAUCUCAAUUUUAAGUAUUUAAUCCAAAAUGGUUGAGGAAAAGGCCUUCAUUGCUAAAGAUGUUACUGAAUUGAUUGGAAAAACGCCAUUGGUGUAUCUCAACACUGUGGUCGAUGGCUGUGUUGCACGUGUUGCUGUGAAGUUGGAAGGAAUGGAACCUUGCUCUAGUGUCAAAGACAGGAUUGGGUUCAGUAUGGUCACUGAUGCUGAGAAAAGCGGGCUAAUUACACCCGGAGAGAGUGUCCUAAUUGAGCCCACCAGUGGAAAUACUGGCAUUGGAUUAGCCUUCAUUGCAGCAGCUAAAGGUUACAAGCUCAUUAUUACGAUGCCAGCAUCAAUGAGUCUUGAGAGGAGGACUAUUCUCAGGGCCUUUGGUGCUGAGCUUGUCCUUACUGAUCCAGCAAAAGGUAUGAAAGGGGCUGUACAAAAGGCUGAAGAGAUCCGUGACAAGACUCCUAAUUCAUAUAUUCUACAGCAGUUUGAAAACCCUGCCAAUCCAAAGAUUCAUUAUGAAACAACUGGACCUGAAAUUUGGAAAGGCACAGGUGGAAAAAUUGACAUAUUCGUCUCUGGAAUAGGGACUGGAGGCACAAUUACAGGUGCAGGAAAAUACCUAAAGGAACAAAAUCCAGAUGUUAAGCUGAUUGGUUUGGAACCAGUGGAAAGUGCUGUAUUGUCUGGAGGAAAACCUGGUCCUCACAAGAUUCAAGGACUUGGAGCUGGAUUCAUACCUGGUGUUCUGGAUGUGAAUCUUAUCGAUGAAGUGGUCCAGAUAUCCAGUGAAGAAUCUAUUGAAAUGGCCAAAUUGCUUGCCCUCAAGGAAGGUUUGCUGGUUGGAAUUUCAUCUGGUGCUGCUGCUGCUGCCGCCAUUAAAGUAGCUAAGAGGCCUGAAAAUGCUGGAAAACUCGUAGUUGCAAUCUUUCCCAGCUUUGGCGAACGAUAUUUAUCCUCCGUCUUGUUUGAAACAGUGAGGAAGGAGGCAGAGAGCAUGCCUAUUGAGUCCUAAGCUUUGAGUUUACCUUUCAUGGUCUCGGAUACUUCACAGCCAGUGCUCCUUGAGGGUUAUCCCAUUUGUCUUAAUUUUUUUCUUUUUCUUCUUCUGUAUUCGUAGACUAGCGUAGCAUGGCCUUUGUGUAUUGGAAUAAUGACAGUUAUGUUCCUGAUCUUUGGUCAUACUGCACUAGCAACCAUGGUUUGCAAUGUACGAAAAUACUGUAUUACAUCCUAUUAUGAAACUGCAGUUAUUGUACAUUGUGUUGACUC